UAGUGAUUACUGUGAACAGAACAGAACAAAGAAGAACAGGAGAGAGAACAGAAGAAACUUCCGAGAAUCAAGGUGAGCUAAAUAUAAUAUCUUAUUUCAGCAUGCUUGACCCUAGCUGAGGACUUUUAUGGUAAAAGGUGGACUAAGCAUUUGUUUCUUGUUAUGUUUUGUUCGUUUGCUUAUUUUCUUGUAGAAAACAAACAAACAAAUUGUAUUGUGGUCAAACAAUACAAUACCUGACAAAGCUCUGCUGAGAGCUGCCAUAACAAAAUAUGUUACAAUAUAUCUGUAUAUUAAUCUUAAAUCAUCCUAAAAAGGUUGUCGUAGUUGUUAUUUUAAUGAAAUAUUAUAGUAUAAAUUGUCAAUGUUAGAAGGAGCUUUAACGUUGUCGGUAGUGGCGUUGCGGUCGCCAUCCAGCUCGUCUUUGGAGUGAUGGGUGGGCUGGUGAGCACCAUGGAUCUAAUACAUCCAUGUUGAGCCCACACUAAUGUGCGGGUAGGAGGAGCAGGGAGACUGGGCUUGAGCUUGGUCUCCAACAUAGUGGUAGCAGAAAGAUAACACAAGACGAAGGUUACAGAGAGGAUGAUUCUUCCAUAUUAUAUAACUUUUUAAAAAACAUGUACACCUCAUCUUAAUGGUUACCUCUUACUAUAUUGCUUGUCAUUUGUCUUGAAUGCAUAUAGGCUCAGGAGAGUGAAGAAUGUAGAGAGGAUGAAAGGAGCAUUGAAGCUCAUAUCAAUGAAAUGUCUACAAAGAUGCUUAAGGUACACCCAGAUCUGAACUCUUUAAAGGAGAGAAUGAGACGAACCUAUGCAUACUGAAAGACCUUCAUGGCAACUGCCAAGGCAGAGGAAAUCAUCGAAAAGUUUCCCGCACUGAAGCUUCCUAAAAUACUUCUGUGGGAGAUGAAGGAGCAAUUCCUUGUAGAAGCUGAUCGCAGAAUGGUCACAGAGCUGGAUCGAAUGGCAACGAAGAUGGUUCAAAGAGCAUCUAUGUGUGACCUAAAGGACUCCUGCCAGAGGGCAAUCAAUGCCUGCCUGGAUGAUUCAGUAAGACAAGGACUCAUUAGGGAUGCAGCAAUUCUACUGCUGCCUUCCAUUUUCAGAGAGGACUCAUCCUUUCUAUACACUCUACUGGAGGAGCCAAGCGUGCCUACUCCAGCAAUCAUGCUCCAUAACACACACGAGGGGAACCCUUUGCAGGCACAAAGGAUAACCCUAUACCUGGAUGGUAUACAGGUUUUGACUGAGGACAGCAGCAUGGACAUAUCAUAUGCUAUGAGUGCAUUAAUGUCACUCUAUAUUGUUUUUGCUGUCCAGUACCCAAAGGAACUGAGAAAAACUCUUAUUUUCAUUGAAAGAUUUGUGUUGGGGAUCAAGGACCACAGUGUUGUACCCAUUUCAGUGAAGAGACUAUACAACUGUGUCGGAAGUGGGGAGUAGUGAGUAGAUGUGUUGCAGCAUGGGAUUUCAUGCUUUAUGUUCUUGUUAAUGGUCAAAUUCCUGCUGCUGCCCUUUGUUUGUAUAUAUUGAUAAAAACAAUAUCCCUUAUUUAAUACAUAUUUUGGACCAAUACAUUUUGUUUGAUUUUGGCAU